UUAACUGCCAUCAUGGCCUUCCUUGUUUACCUGUGUGGCCUGGGAAGAGGAAGCGGGGGCAUAGCAGCUGCAGAAAGGAGAGAAAAUCCCUUGGCUCUAAAAUGACAUCUGGAGAAGUGAAGACAAGCCUCAAGAAUGCCUACUCAUCUGCCAAGAGGCUGUCGCCGAAGAUGGAGGAGGAAGGGGAGGAGGAGGACUACUGCACCCCUGGAGCCUUUGAGCUGGAGCGGCUCUUCUGGAAGGGCAGUCCCCAGUACACCCACGUCAACGAGGUCUGGCCCAAGCUCUACAUUGGCGAUGAGGCGACGGCGCUGGACCGCUAUAGGCUGCAGAAGGCGGGGUUCACGCACGUGCUGAACGCGGCCCACGGCCGCUGGAACGUGGACACUGGGCCCGACUACUACCGCGACAUGGACAUCCAGUACCACGGCGUGGAGGCCGACGACCUGCCCACCUUCGACCUCAGUGUCUUCUUCUACCCGGCGGCAGCCUUCAUCGACAGAGCGCUACGCGACGACCACAGUAAGAUCCUGGUUCACUGCGUCAUGGGCCGCAGCCGGUCAGCCACCCUGGUCCUGGCCUACCUGAUGAUCCACAAGGACAUGACCCUGGUGGACGCCAUCCAGCAAGUGGCCAAGAACCGCUGCGUCCUCCCGAACCGGGGCUUUUUGAAGCAGCUCCGGGAGCUGGACAAGCAGCUGGUGCAGCAGAGGCAACAGGCCCAGCGCCAGGACGGUGAGGAGGAGGACGGCAGGGAGCUGUAGGCCCGACUCACAGGGCCAGCAGAGGCACUUGGGGACAGAGGGGAGAGGCAGAACAUAGCCCUGGCCUAGGACUCCAGAGAAGGGAUGGUGAAACCGAAGCUCGACUCUUCCAAACCAUCUUGUUCAACUUCCCCAUGUGUGCUGGGGACAGGGAGGACCCAGAGCUGCCCCCGGGCAGAGCUGAGCGCUCUGCCUCUCAGCAAAAUGGGAGGGACGGGCUCCCCGGCUCUGGGUCACAGAGGAGCAUGCCACGCUGCACCAAGUCUCCUGCUUUGGUUUUGUUUUUUUGGUGAGAAGGAAGAGGGAAAAGAUUUUAAAAUGUGUAGGCAUUAUGUUGUGAUUAAACGUUUGGCUUUGUCUGAAAGGAAA